CUGUAAUGGUGGAACUCCAAUUCUCUCCUCGAAAAAUCCAGCUUUUUCCUUGUAUAUCCCAUUCAAGUCAUUAAAAUUAUCAAAUCGAUCUUCUCGACUCUCACAAAAACCAAAGAAAAUAUUACUUUGAUUAAAACUGAAAGAAUCCUAACCAUGUUGGCUUGCAGAUUUCGGACAUGGGUUUUGUUGCUUCUUGUGAUCUUUCCUAGUUUAUUUGACCCUUCAUUCUCCCACUUCGAUUCAGCUAAGAAAAAGCAAAUGCGAGAGAAAGUUCGAAAGAUGUUCUACCAUGCAUAUGAAAACUACAUGACACACGCAUUUCCGCAUGAUGAGCUCAAGCCUCUUAGCAGAAGUUUCACUGACUCACUCAGUGAGCUUGGAAAUUUGAAGCUUGAGCACUUACCACAAAACUAUAAUGGGACUGCCCUUACACUCAUUGAAUCAUUAUCUAGCCUUGUUAUUUUGGGUAACUACACUGAGUUUGAAAGGGCAGUUCUCUGGCUUUCUGAAAAUCUAACAUUUGAUGUUGAUGCAAGAGUAAACCUUUUUGAGUGCAACAUAAGAGUCCUUGGAGGACUUGUUUCUGCUCAUAUUCUUGCAACUGACUCUACAAACAGGUUGGUUCAAGGAUCUUACAAAAAUCAGCUACUUGUUCUGGCUGAAGAUUUAGGACGACGCUUCCUACCUGCAUUUGAUACUCCUACUGGAUUGCCAUAUGCCUGGAUUAACUUGAAGUAUGGAGUCAUGAAGAAUGAGACUACUGAAACAAGCACUUCAGGAUGUGGUUCUCUUAUUCUUGAAAUGGGAGCCUUGUCACGAUUAACUGGUGAUCCUAGAUAUGAGUCUGCAGCCUUGCGUGCUCUACGAAAGUUAUGGAGUAUGCGUAGUUCUCUAAAUUUGUUAGGAACGACACUGGAUGUGGAAACUGGGGAAUGGAUUGAACAUUCAUCUGGGAUCGGUGCUGGAGUUGAUUCAUUCUAUGAGUAUCUAUUCAAGGCUCACAUUCUUUUCGGGAAGGAGGACUUCUGGAGAAUGUUUCAUUCUGCUUAUCUUGCAGUACAGAAAUAUUUCAGACAUGGCCCAUGGUACCAUGAAGCUGAUAUGAGGACUGGAAAAGCAACAUAUUGGCAACUGACAAGCCUUCAAGCAUUCUGGCCUGGCCUACAGGUUCUUGUUGGGGAUAUUGCAGCUGCCAACUCAUCACACCGUGAAUUUGUUCAUGUGUGGAAGAAGUUUGGGGUGUUACCAGAAAGGUAUUUGCUGGACCAUCAAAUGUUACACCCUACAGAAAAGUACUAUCCACUGCGCCCUGAAUUAGCAGAGUCAACAUUCUACCUGUAUCAAGCAACUAAAGAUCCAUGGUACAUAGAAGUGGGUGAAACAAUUGUUAAUUCUCUUAAUUCAUACACCAAAGUGGAAGGAGGAUUUGCAAGCAUUAGAGAUGUCACAACCAUGCAAACAGAAGAUCAUAUGCAUAGCUUCUUCCUUGCUGAAACGUGCAAGUAUUUAUAUCUUCUCUUUGAUGAUUCAUUUUUGGUUGAUCGGAAUUAUAUAUUCACUACUGAGGGUCACCCUUUGCCUGUGCUAAGUGCUUGGCACGAGAGACUGCCAGAGAUAUACAUCCCAUCAAACUGGACUUAUGUCAAGAAUGAAAGGCAAACAAAACGAUCAAGUGCAAUGUCUCUGCAAGUCUGUCCUGCAUUGAGUUUGAAUGCAGGACAUGGUGAACAACAGGUUGAGAGCGCUUGCCAUGUCCCUGAUGAUCAAAGUGAUCACAAGUGUUUCAGUGAUGAAGAGUGUGGAGUUGACUCGACUAGCUGUAGACGAAGAUCAUGUAGCAUGGCUGGUUACUGUGGGCUAUGGUUGGUCGCAUGAGACAUUGAUACAUCAUGAUAUUCGUUCAUGACAAAGCGAUUUUUUACUAGGAGGUGAGAGGAAGAAAAAAAGGAUUUCAUAUUCUCUCAAGAAUGGUGGUGUGGAAGGAAGUCUCCGUGGCAGGCAUGCACUCAUAGCACUAGUUAGGUAAAAAAAAAAAAAGAUGAGAGAAAUACAUGUUACAGAAUUUCUUCACAAAAUUGAUCUCAUUCGUGAAUGUUUGUUGAAAUGCAUGUAUUAUUUUGCCGAUACCGAAAAGAAUAUCAAUAAGGCAUCUUAUCACUGCAGAAUCUAGGGAGCUCUUCUUAUGAGAGAUUAAUGCAAUGGCCAAGGUUAACCUGACAAAAUUUGCUAGUGCAAAUUGCACUGUAAUGUCAUUAUUCCAAAAACAGAAGGAAAUACACUGGUCAUGUAGACCUGUCAUGAAGUAUUUUGCAACCCGCGAGAGGAUGCGGCCUUCAUUGAAGCAUUCAACACCAAUCCUUCAAACUAAGGCUCAGUGUUUUUACCCUGGUCUGGUGAUAUGUUGUCAUGGCCUGACCUUAUGUUGUAUCACUGAUCUUAUACUGUGAGAUCUUCUGAUUGAUGUUUCUUGAACAGUGAUUUCUUUACUCCCAACUCAUUGUAGUUCUAAGUUAUUUCCCAUUAUUGUAGAAAACACCAUGUCUUGUGGACCAACACACAUGACACUAUGAUUGUGAGGGUGUUAAUUUUUGUUUGUCUCUA